AUGGUGCCUCUACUGUAUGACAUGAAUCCAGCAGAAAUGAGCACUCCAAGAGAGCUGGAUCUCUCAAAUGCCCGAAUAGCGGUGCUGGGAUCGCGCGGGUGUGGCAAAACAACGCUGUGUGCACGCUGGUGUCGUGGCAGCGCACCGCUGCCCGAAUCUGACGCCUACAACUACGGAGAAGAGCUUUUCUGUCGAAAAAUACUGUAUCCAGCGCUCAUGAGCUCCAAGAGCUACAGCGAGUAUUACGCGAUGCAACUGAGUCUGAUGAGAGACCUGUUAGAGUCAGAGCUCGAAAAAGUACAAAACUAUCCAAGCUGCCACGAAGCCGCUAUGGACGAACUCGACGACUACGGACAAGAUAUCGUGAAAGUCCAGGUGCUGGAUGGCGCAGACGCCAUGCAGGCAGACUACUCAGAGCUGGCCGCAUUGCAGAUGAACCAGGUCGACGGUUUCAUGCUGUGUUUCGAUGUCAGAAGCCCGGAGUCCGUGGAAACGGUGGAGCUCUUGCACCGCCAGAUCUGGAAACUGCGAGGUGAAAAGGUGCCCUUGGUGCUGUGCGCGCUCAAAUCUGACAUAGAGCUGGAAGACAGAGCCAUAGAAUUGCGCCAGGUCGCCGAGAUGUGCGAUGAGCUCCAGCUAGACAUGGACACCGCGUUCUUCGAGGUUUCCGCCUUGGAACAGUUUGGAGUCCACGAGUGUUUUUACAAAAUGUUAAGAGACAUCGACAGCCACAAAGAAUUGCUCAGGAAGGAGCGGGUAGCGGCCGAAGAAGAAUUGGUAUCGGGUGUGUCAAGCGGUGUUCAGGGAUUAUCCUCGGAUAGCGAAUUGGCUCGUUCGACGAUGAGCCCGACCAAAAUGGUCACAGCUUCGAGCUGGGCCCGAUCCUCUCUAUCCUCCAGUGGCGGGAAAACUAUGGUCACUGGGGCCUCUUCCAAGGCCACAAGCCGCUCCGAAUCACGUGACAAUUCUGCUCGACUGGCGAAAUUGUCGGAAGAUUCAUCACUGCAGGGCGAUGGCCGAUCAGAAACGGACAAGUCCUUUAAUGCAGUCAUUUCCGAGAAGGCUCGCUCUCUGCAGAUGUCGCUGCCUUGCAACACCAACAAAAAAGCCGACCAGAAGCGCAAGAAUAAAUCUUCGUGCGGAUGUGUGAUCUGUUGA